AUGAGUUAAUUUGAAAGAAUAAGACCUAUAGUUUUUCAGAAAGCUCCUGAAGUAAAACAAGUGAGAUCGAAUUCUUUAGCAGUUCGAUCUUCUCCUUCUAAAUGUUAAUUAGAUUUAUCAUUUGAUUUAUAAGUUAAUUCGGCAACUAACAAUACAAAUUAAGCAUUAAAAGAUAUUAACAAUUAUAAAAAACUUUAUGUUAGCGAAUCAUGUUAAAAUAAUAACAAAGAAAAUUAAUUGUCUGCAAAACAUUUUUCUUUUAAGACAGAUGAAAAUUAAUUUUUGAAAUAAAGAAUUAAAUAAUUAGAAUCAUAAAAUAACAACUAUGUAUGUGAAAAUAAGAAAUUAGCUCACGUUUUAGAUUAAUAGAUUCAGUUAAAUCAAUCAUUACAAGAAUAACAAUAAUCGAAAAAUUAAAUUAUCAGAAAAUUAGAGGAUGUUUAGAAAAUGAAUAAAUAUUAAUAAUCUAAUAAUACAGAUCUUAAAUAAAUUAAUGAAUAACUAAUAAUUUCUAAAAAGUUGGUUAAUGAUUUAGAAGAGAAAUUAUAGAUUGUAUUGAAUGAAAAUUAAAAGUUAAGUGAAUUAAAUGAGAGAUUUCAAUUUACAGAAAAUUAACUAAAAAUAGAAGUUGAAAAAUACAAAAGCAAAUGUUCAAUAUUGGAAAGUAAAAUAAAAUAACAGCAGUAAUAAAAAUAGUAAUAUUUAGAGAUGAAUAAAAAUGUUUAGAAUUGUAAAGAAAAAUAAAAAAGUAGAAUGAUUAAAUAGAAACAAUGGCUAGAGAGAAUUAUUAGUUGAAAUAAUAGUUAAGUUAAAAUAAUAAUCAAAUAUCUUAAUAAGAUGAUAAAUAGUUAUAUAAUAAGUACAUAAAUAUUUGAAUCUAGUGAUAAAUAUAAAGAGACAAUUCAAGAGUUGGAAUUUGAGAAUCAAUAUCUAUAAUAAAUGAUAGGUAUUGAUUAGUAAAAGAUGAAUAAUCUUGAAGAGAAAUUAAACUUAUUGACAAAGGAGAAUUAAAGACUAACAGAAAUAGUGAAGAAUCGUCAUAAGUAGUAAUGA